AUGAAAGAAAAUGUCAAUGAGGAUGAUAAUAUUUUUUUUAAUGGGACAUGGGUUCCCGUUAUGAAGAUAUCAUGUAAAUAUAAUAACGGAAUAUAUAGUGAAAGCUCUAUUGUAAGAGGUGUUAUUACAGUUAAUGGACAGGUAGUUGCAUGUGGGACAGAUAGAGGUGAAAUUUAUGUACAUUCGCUAGAAACUGGAAAGAGAAUUUUAUCACUUGAGAAAGUUGGAAUUAAACGUGGUGAAUUAUGCAGAGGAAUAAACGACAUAAAAAGCGACGUAUCAGGAAACUUGCUAGCUGCAUGUUUUUCACCAGGAAUAAUACGUAUAUAUGAUCUUAGGAUUAGAACAGAAAAAAGUGGAUCACUUUUGGGUUCUACUGUUUUUGAAUUGGAAAAUACGCAUAAAGGAGCUUGUACCUCUAUUUCAGUACCUAACAAUUGGCUUUACCAGCCAAUAUACACAGGAGGGUAUGAUGGCUAUAUUAGGAGUUGGGAUUUCAGAAAGAAAGGUUGUAUUUCUCAGGUUUUAUCUCAUGAGGCUCCCGUUAUUAGCCUUGAAAAAAGCAAUGACGAAAGAAUAUUAUCUUCCACAUCUUUUGACAAUAAAAUACGAAUUUGGAGAUCUUCAAAUUUAAAACUUUUGAAAACUUUAUCAGGACCACAAGGAUCUAGCUAUUCCCUACAUUCUAUAUUUUCAUUUAAUGAUGAAUAUCUUCUUUGUACUGGAAAUUCCUCAUCUUGUAUUUGGAGGUUUGGACAGGAGCGAAUAAACAAAACAAAUAUCAGUUGGGCAAAUUCAGAUAAAAUACAAAAAGAUUAUUUAAAUGGUUGCACCAGCGAUACACAUGAGAACAAUCUUUUGCCUAUGUUUACCGGUUUUUCUAUAAUUUGGAGAGAUCAAGUUUUUGUUCCUAGGGCCAACCCUACAGUAACUGCAAUAGGAGAUGCUUCUGUAUACUGUCUGCACACUGCAAAAUAUCUAUAUUCAUUGGAAUCCGUUUCUCCUCCUAGUUCAAUCAUUACUUCUAUAUCUAAACAUCCUAGUUUAAAUAAUAAUUUGAUUGUAACUACAUCAAGCCUCCCCGAAUCUUCUAUAGUACUUUGGAAGUUUAGUUACGACGGCAAUUCUGAAUACGAGUGA